GGUUUCAUAAGGCGAUGUAUCAUUGGACAGAUAAUGAAGGGAGACACUGUCUCUGUGUUGGAUAUCAUGCAGAGACAUCAUGAUGCCCCAGGUCAUAUGGAAAACAUCACAGAUGAGUGGGAUGUGUUGGAUGUAUUAAAAAAUUUGGGUGUUACAUGUAUCAUACAGAACACCUUGCUACAGCAAGGCAUGAAGGACCUCUCCAUCUACAUCAAGAUCAACAUCAAAGGCACUGGAGCCAUCAUUGACACAGCUAUCACAGCUGGUGACCAUAGACUCAUCUACAUGAGUUCUGCAAGUGUUGUAUUUAAUGGCACCUGUGUCAUGAAUAUCAAUGGACAAGUACCUUCUCCAGAGAAGCUGUUCAAUGCAUGUAACAAUGCCCAUGAGAUAUUCAGGCCCAGAGAAUACCAGAUGGAGGAUGGAGCAUUUCAAGCAUAUUGGCAUGGCACCUGUUUAGAGAGCAUUGUGAAUGCACACAUACUCAGAAGGGACAGGCUCACCCCUCAUCCCUCUUACUCUUCUACCACACCAAGCAAACUCAGGCUAGACCCCAAGAGUGUGGCAGCAAUGCUCAAUGAACUUCUACACCAUGCUCUCCCUCCCAUGUGUGCCAUAACUGAAUAUCACCACACAGUGCACAGCUCUCUGCAGCUACUCAGUCCCUAUGUCACAUCCACAUCCAACACUGAAUCCAUCCUAUCUGCAUUCAACACCCCA